AGUGCUUUCCUGACUUUGCCUGCAGGGUACGAUUGGUGACAUGCCACAGCUCUGAGGAAAGUGACCUACUUGGGUUUUUCUGUAUGGACACAGGAUUGCAAGAAAUUCUCAUUUGCAUAGAGAUGGGGAGUUUAUUUUUGCUAGAAGCUGCAUGUCAAGACAGAGAAGAAAGAGGCAUUUCUUAAUAAUCAUUAAUCAGCUGUAUCUGAAAAGAAAAAGAAAUCAAUUGGGGAAAUGAGAUGCUAAGGAAAUGAGGGGAAAAACAAUCUCCCUCCACAUGGACACACCCAGUAAACCUUGACAGCAUUUCCUUGUAUCCACCUGCAUAAAAGUGACCAGCCCUUUACAAGUGGCAAGGAACACGAAGAGUGAAGACACAGGAGAAGCCCAGGAGCACCCCGUGAGAGGACAUGCAGGCACAGUGUGUUUCUCUCUGCCUCCUGGGUGCGAUGAUCUUUCUGUGCUCAGCGCAUGCCCGAGGUCUCAGGAGAUGUGUGAUUUCCUUGGACAUGCGCCGUAUAGAGGAGAGUUUCCGAGGGAUCAAAAAUGCCAUUCAAGCUAAGGACACCUUCCAAAAUGUCACCAUCCUGUCCACAUCGGAGACCCUGCACAGCAUUAAGCCCUUAGAUGUGUGCUGCGUGACCAAGAACCUCCUGGCGUUUUACGUGGACAGGGUAUUCAAGGACCACCAGGAGCUGAGCCCCCAAAUCUUGAGAAGAAUCAGCAGCAUUGCCAACUCUUUCCUCUACAUGCAGAAGACUCUGCAACAAUGUCAGGAGCAGAGGUUGUGUCGCUGCAGUCAGGAGGCCACCAAUGCAACCAGAAUCAUCCACGACUACUACGAUCAGUUGGAGGUCCGGUCUGCUGCCAUUAAGUCCCUGGGAGAGCUUGAUGUCUUCCUAGCCUGGAUUGACAAGAAUCAUCAAGGAACUUCUGCUGCCUCAAGACAAGAAACCUAAGUGUGGUGGAUGAACAGCCCCUGAGAGGUUUCCAGUGGGAGACAGCCAACUUUGGAGGGGAGGGAGAUGGGGAAAGCUCCAUUUUUAUGCAAAUUAGGUCUUUUUGAGGAAACCUUCCUGCCCAUUUGGAAUUCUUUUCUCUGGGGCUGAGGUAUUGUAGGGGAAAAAUCUAGGUUUGAGCACAUCUUACCCUGUAGCUACAAGUCUCACUGGCUGGGCCCAGGCUGUCUGAUUCCACCUGAAAGUAUCCAAGCAGUCUACUGUCAUAUUUAUAUGAAAUAUGUUUGUCGAAAGGUCCUGCAGGCCAUCCUGGAGGGAGAGGGUGGGCUUUCCCCUAAUUUAUUGUGAACUUGUCUAUCCCGUGUCUGUGAUGUGAUCUAAGUGGUAUCCUGUAGUGCAUAUUG